AUGGGCAAGCGCAAGAGUUCUAGCAAGCCUCAGGGUCCCAAGAAGAAAGAUCCCCUCCCCUCCAAAUUCACAUGCCUCUUCUGCAACCACGAAGACUCCGUUGCUGUAAAGCUAGAUAAGAAAGCGGGUGUCGGUUCACUGGACUGCAGGGUAUGCGGUCAAAUGUUCCAGUGCAGUAUCAACUACCUCUCGGCAGCUGUUGACGUGUACGGCGAGUGGGUAGACGCAGCAGAUGCCGUUGCCAAGGAGGCAGGACCCACAGCCGGAAGCCAAAGCAAGAUCCCUAGCGCCCGCCGCGCACCCCCAAGCCGACCGGUGAACGACGACGACGACGAUGACGAUCAGAGAUACGGAGGCGAGGGUGUUGAUUUAGAUGAUGACGAAUACUAG